CACUACGAUUAUCGGCACUGCAAAUUCCAUGAUUUUCGGCAACUCGUUGGGUUGCGGUCGUCUUUUCCAUGCGAGAGGGAAUCAGCUGGUGCAGAGGGGCAGCUACAUGCCUUCUUUGUAUCUCUUGAGCUGAUCCUUGCAUUGAAUCUGAAAUGCAGUCCUGUCAGCAACUUGCUAGUCCCUCAAUGUGAAGUCGACUCGAGGCUAGUCGACUUGUCGGCAACAACAAACUAAGGAAACGCUUACGCCACGACACACCAGAGCUCCUUUUCUGGAUGAGAACAGCUAUCCAACCUCUAUUGGCACCCUUCGCGGUUGUGCUCUGGGGUAUCGACGUACUUGAAGCGGUGGGCGAAGGACUGGACCCUUCCACUUGACUGCCCACUCGUGCUUCUGAUCCCUUCUUUCGCCCCGAGCAAUCCUUUAGGCUCCAUGGCCCGACUAAACUCAAGGGAGCCUUCUAGCUCUCACCCCUCUGGAACGACCACGACUCCCCACAUACCGCGCUCUGAACACGAGACUACACCCCUGCUCACGCCGAUGCCGAUGCGAGAGUCAGACAGUCCCCGCGAACCGGUGGUCAGUCGGAAGGAGCUGUGGAGCUACUACCUGUAUUGGAACGGCGACUGCGGCCUGGGACCCGCCCUCUCGAUGACGCUGUUCCAGUCCCUCGCCUUCGCGGCGGGCCACGACCCCGCGAAGGGCCCCGGCUCGUCCUGCUCGGGCUCGACGUCGGGGCAGUGUGUCCUGCCGUGGGCCGGGGGCGGCUCCAAGCCCGUCUCGAGCGUCGUCCUGAUCGCCAACGGACUCAGUUUCACCGCCAUGACCGUGAUAUUCACGACACUGUCCAGCGCGGCAGAUUACGGGAACCUCGGGCGCUGGCUGCUCCUUAUCUCCACGCUCGUGUGCUGGACCGCCCAAUUCGCUACCCUGUCCUUAACAAGUCCGUCCCGGUGGGGCAGCGCGAUGGCGCUCUACAUGGCCAGCUUCGUCUCCUACGGCGCGACGCUGGUGUUCGCGAACGCGGUCUUCCCGCGCCUCGCGCGCAACACGCGCCGCUCGCGCGGCCUCCAGGAGCAGCUCGCGCGCGGGGAGAUCACCCGCGAGGAGUGCGAGGUCGAGACGAGUCUCGAGAAGAACCGGAUCAGCAAUAUCAGCAUCGGACACGCCAAUAUCGGAUAUACGGUGACGCAGUGUCUGAAUUUGGGGAUUCUGAUCGCACUGGCGGGCAAUCGGCUCGUCAACAACUACACGAUCGUCUUAACGAACACGUACUGGGUUGUCUUGGGAAUGUGGUGGUUCAUUUGCCAACAGUCGCGGCCCGGUCCGCCUCUUCCUCCCAAGCAGAGUUAUCUGACCAUAGGAUGGCAGCAGGUCUGGGUCACCUGCAAAGAAUACCAGCAACUGCCCAACACCUUCAUCUAUCUAUUCGCUGUCUUCCUGCUCUCCGAUGGAUUGAACACGACCUGGGCCAUGAUCGCGAUCUGCCAGAACAACCAGUUCUCGUUCAGCUUCCUGCAGAAUACGUACCUCGGGCUCGCGCAGUCCGUCACGUCUGUGAUCAGCACGUUCGGGUUCUGGUACAUCCAGAGACACUGGAAGAUCGCGACGAAGCGGAUGUUUCUCGUUACGGUCGUCGUGACGGUGAUGAUACCGCUGUGGGGCAUGGUCGGGAUCUGGACCCACUCCUUCGGCUUUCGCAGACCCUGGGAAUUCUGGAUGUACAACAUCGUCGCGGGUCUGCUCCAGGCGCCGUACUACGCGUUCUCGACGACGAUGAUGGCCGAGCUAACGCCGCCGGGCUACGACAACAUGUUCUUCGGCCUUUUCGGGCUCUCGAACCGCGUCAGUUCGCUGAUCGGGCCGAAUGUCGUCCAGGCCAUCAUCAACGCGUCGGGGGAUGACUGGAUGGCGUUCCCGUUUCUGUUCUCGCUCUGCCUCGUGGCGCUUCUGAUCAUCUGGGUCGCUGUCGAUAUGAGGAAGGGGCAGAGGGAUGCUGUCGCGUGGGCUGGGGGGAUGCGACGCAGCAGCUGAAUACCGGGAACGAAGAAGAUACAAAGGACCUCGAUCGGCAUCUGAAUCUGAACCUCCACGUCAUAAAUUGAACAUCGAUCAUGUGAUGGGUUGACAAAUCGUUGUUCGUCCCAAGCGCAUUGAUAUUAUUACUGAGACUGCGGAGAUGCACCGAUAGAUUAAGGGCUAGGACACCGGAUCUCCACACCGUUGUACGGUCCUGAAUCCCGACGGUCAGUGCCACCUCGACUGCUUGACUCCAAACGAGGCUCACCCGCAUGGUCCGAGGUUUUCCCCUGCAGCAGCGUGGGGACGGCGCCUGCUGUGCACAGCUUGCUUGUGUUGUCGACUCCGGGGCAGGCGUACCACGUGCCUGAGUC